AUGCACAUGUACGGGACAGUUAUGAAGGAUAAAGGACAAUUGCCUUAUUAUGUGCUGGUUACAAAGUUGUUUAGAAAUUUUCAGAACGAGUUUCCCGUCUCACUUUGCUCUCGAACUGUUGCUCCUAUAGUUAUAGGACUGAAGAUGAUUUCAAAGAUGAGGUUGAAGGAUCUGAACAAGGCUAUUGAGCGCUUGAAAAAGGAGUUCUCUAGCAAAACCAAGGAAGAUUUUGCUGGAAGAAAGAGGAAAGGCAAGGAAGUUGUGAAAGAACCUGUAAAGAAGAGGAGAUCACUUAUCCUGCAGGAUGAAGAGGAUGACGACGAUCUUACAAUUUUUGUCAUUGCCUUAAAGAAUCUUCGAGAUUUUCACACUAAAAAGGUACAGUCCUUAUAUACUCAGGUACAAACUUUGAAUCAACAAGUAUUUGAGACUGUGACCGAGAAUGAUCAGACUAUUCGGAUUCUGAAGAUUGUUCAAACUCAAGUCGAGAAUGCUCAUUGCCAAAGGCUUAAGGUUGAGGAGGCGGUGCAGCCCACCUGUCAGACGAACCACGUCGAGUGCCCGCCCAAGGAGAGGCACCUCGGCAAGAUUGCCUUCGCGACCUCGGCGGUUCGCCCGCGGGCUGACGUCGCCUACUGUAUCCAGGCCCUCUCCAGGAGGCUCACCAAGACGCACAAUUGGACGGUGGCACUGAAAACACUGAUAGUUAUUCACAGACUCUUGAGAGAGGGAGAUCCUACAUUUCGGGAAGAGCUUUUGGCUUUUUCACAGAGGGGACGAAUUCUUCAGCUUUCUAAUUUGAAGGAUGACUCAAGUCCCAUAGGCAAAACCCUCUCAAGCACGGGGAAGAAGGGACAUGAUGGAGAAGAACCCUGGGAAGAAGAAGAUGCUUCUAUAUCUGAGCAACAACCAGAGCAACAACUUGAGGAGUCUUUUGAGCAAUCUGAUGCUCACUUCAAGGGGAAUAUGGGGAAGGGCAGAGCCGAGGCUGAGUCCGGGGAAGAGGACGUAGAGGAGGCCAAUACCAUCAGAAUAAUCGGGGAAAUCAUUCGGGGGCUCUUCUUUGAACAGUCUCACCAGUAAUGAGAAUGCAAUUGUGGCGAAGCAGCCUCUGGGACCUCGCAUGCCAGAUGGAACAAGAGGAUUCGCGAUGGGUUGUGGGAAGCGAGUCUCAGUUAAGUACCACAUGACCACGUCAUGUGAUAUCAUCAUCUCUGUGUGUUUGUCUUCAGCUGAUAGAUAUCACUCUCUUGGAAGUAUUUCUUUGGAUUAACUGUGCACCUUAGAAAUUUACAUGCUUUUACUCCUGCGUCUUUGCUGUCAUUUAAUGAAUGCAAGCAUUGUGAUAGGUUACAUAAGCACAUCAAAAAACGAUGGUGGUGGAUGUUUAACAUUGAGAUGUCCUGAUCCAUCUUGUGGUUCUGCAGUCGGUCAAGACAUGAUAAAUCUAUUAGCGCCUAAAGAAGAUAAGAAAAAGUAUUCUCAAUAUCUUCUUCGCUCGUACAUUGAAGACAAUAGAAAGACCAAGUGGUGUCCUGCCCCUGGUUGUGAAUACGCUGUAGAAUAUUUUGCUGGCCGUGAAGGUUACGAUGUUUCCUGCCAAUGCUCUUUCAACUUUUGCUGGAAUUGUACAGAGGACUGUUCAGUAGAAUGUGGCACUGUGGCACAGUGCAUCAUGAAGAACAGUGCUGAAUCUGAAAACAUGAACUGUGUGACCAGAAACUACUUUGACAACCUCGUGAGAGCAUUGGAGAAUGGGCUAUCAGAUGUGGAUUCCCAUGGUGGUUGUAGCAGGGCAGCGAGCUCUAAGAAUGGAGGGAGCAGCAAGGCAAGCAGAGGUAGUGGAAGGGGAAAAGGAACUACCAGCACUCGAGUUGGUUCCAGCCGAACCGAUGACCCGUCUCACUGGUCCUGCAAUCAUUGCACGUAUGCUAAUGUUAAAUCUGCAACCACUUGCCAGAUUUCCCAGCUUUGCCGAUGAGGGCAAUGACAGGAAAAUCUACAAAGAAGGAUGGUUUUCACCAGAAACACGACUUUCAUGGACAAGGAACUAGUUCAAGCGCAUGGGCAGUGUCCUAUAAUUUGUAAUAAUUGGUAUGAAUCGUUCAAGUUCGCAGUGACAAAUCAAUUAUUAGGAGGCUCAACUGUUGGUGUGGUGUGCUGACUGAUUAAAGCACGAGCAGCAGCAGCUUUUGGCUUGUGUUUAUUGUUGUUGUGUGUUGAUGGUGGCAGCCUAUAAUGCCGGCCCAUGUAUAUAGGCUGUAGGGUUUCAUCCUCAGUACCGUACUACUUCGGCAAAGAGAAAGAAAUAGUGCCUGUCACCAAUCAUUUAAUAUUUCAUGUAUUUGCUGCUGGAAGAGGCAAAUGUACUCCAUUUGUCUUAUAUUUCGCAUAUUACUUUGUCUAUUGGAGUUCAUCUAACCAUUUUUUUUAAAGGAAUUACUUCAGAGUU